AUGAUCUCCUCUAAUCUCAAACCCUCUCAAGGCUCGAAACCACAAGAAGAUAUAAAGAAAAAUCAAGCAAUCGAAUCAGAGAAACAAAAACAUUUAAAUACUAUCAAUCUCCUAACGAAAUUGGAAAAGGGUGAAUCAAUUGAUAAUCCUCAACUAGCUACCGAAUUAUUAGAAGAUCCUCUGGACUUUUUCCUAUCCCAUACAAUGCAUCUCAACAUAUCAGUAGUAGAAAUUCAUUCUUCCAUGACGCGUAGAUACGUUCGAUGGGCUUUAGAUACAUACUCAGCUGAAGAAGUAAAUGGAAAAGAACAACUAUUACCAAUUCUUGAACAAUCCACGAGAAAGUUUGUUAAUGAUGUGAAAUAUCGUCAUGAUCUUCGAUACCUCAAGCUAUGGGCUCUUUACGCCCGACAGUGUUCUCGUCUUGGAGCUACCAAGAUUUAUGAAUAUUUAUCACGUAACGAGAUUGGUAUACGAUAUAGUAUGUUCUAUGAAGAAUGGGCCAAUGCUAUCGAAGCAGCUUUUGGUGAUCUCAAACGAGUUGAGCGCGUUUAUGAUUUAGGGAUCCAAUGUGACGCGCAGCCUAUCAAUCGAUUACAGAAGCGAAAGAAGGCACUUGCGAAAAAAAUGGCCGAAUCAUCUGCACCUCUUUCACAGCCGUCUGAGAACAAGUCUCAGCAGGGAGUCCCACCGCACGAGUCAUUGGUGGCCCAUGUAUUAUUCAACGACCCCCUGAAAGAAUACUCUACUCCCACAAUACCUUCAGCCACCGAGACUGCACCUGUACCAAGCUCUAAGGCAGAAGCUUCCACGUCAAUCUCACAGGUUUUUUCCUGUAACCUUUCACACCUCUAUCCGAAACCUGACGUGGAGAUCAGCCCCGAGGAACUCAGAGCACACAAUCGAUACCCUUCGUAUUUGCAAGCCGAUGAGCCAUGGCAGCAAGAACCUUUUGAGACAGGAAAGUGGUAUUCCUAUCAUUCGGAUGGAUCUCCUAUUCUCUAUCAACCAACAACAGGUGAACCACUUUUUGAUUAUCUCAAGAAUGAUUCAUCUUGUUCAAGUGAGAUGCAACUCAGCGAUGACGAGAUACAGACUCCUAUGAUCCCGACUUAUCAGACCUCAAGCUCGCGUAAAUCUUCCGAUGUUCAUGAAGCCCAAACAUCACCCGAUGGCGAUUCUCAUAUGCUCUCUCAGACCACAUCAAGUUCAUCAUUUGAUACGUUUGAUGAUGACUCUGCCUCAGAAGCAAUCGCGGAUGCUGAAGUCUCCCUAAAAAUGGACUCACCACCCCGUCAGAGUACUACGGCGUACAUCAAAAGUCGUAAGAGCAGAGCUAGCGUGACCAUGACUACACAGGCGGCUUUGAAUGACGUACUCAACAUGUACGGCCCUGAGAAGGAUAGCGAUGAAUCAGAUGAUAAUACAAGCGAUGCUGAUGAAGAUUUAAGAGAUCAAUUCACUUGCGAUACUGACUUUACCGUCACCGCUCUCAAGGAUGCAACUGCCGAUGUUACUUACUGGUCUCAGCCUAUGAAGUCGGAUUCAGAUGAGAUACAAUCCGAUCACAUGCCAAACACGUCAAACUCCUUCUCUCAGCGUCCUGUUGAUGGCGAAAAUUCGUGUUGUGAAGACGAGAAUGGACGGCCAAUGCGCCCAUAUGAAGAUACGUCAACAAAAGCAUCCCAUAAUCCUUCUGGUUCUGGUGGCUCAUUCACAAUCGGUCAACGAUCUACACCUGCGUUCAAGCCGGUUCGUAAGCCGUUGGCCACCCUGACGCCUGUCUAUGAUGAAAAUGCGUUACCUUCGGGUCCUCCUGUCGCCAGUAGCUCAAAGGGCUUGGGCGUCAAACGUAUACCUUUGGGAGAAAAGUCACUUGUCACGCCGUCGAUUGGAAACGGCUCCUGGUCUCAACCCAACUUUGCGGCGACAUCUAUGAUGGGGUCGGGUCAUGAUUACGCUCCCAACUUUGUACCUGACAGUUAUAAGACGCCUUCAGAUGAAAGGGAUCAAGAUCAAUUUUUUCCUGAGGAGAUCGAGGAACCUAUGUGUGAUGAACAAGAACCAGAAGAGUACGAUGAUUUAGUCGAGAUGGCAGAUUUCGAUCAAGAUCGUGGUCAUGGAUUUUGCCCACUCAGAUAUAUACCGGUUGGAGAUAACUUUAACGCUCUGACUCCAAUUACUGAAAGAACCAAUGAAUGUACAUCUACUAUAGCUCGAUCUAUAGCUGGACGGUCAGAUCGACUUCGAAUGUCUAUGGAAUCUAAUCUUGGCCCAGAUCGAUAUUCUCAAGUUGGAUCAGAUAAUGAAGAAUCCGAAUUGACUCCUCGAGCUAAUGAUCAUCUGUGUAUGUCGGGCGGAUCACUACAUCAGCCUAUGAGAGAACGACUUGAAUUCAAUAUUCGACAGCCGGAUGACAUGCAAAUUGAUGUCAAUUCGUCAGAUCACUUCAUGACGUCACCCAGUCAGCGCCGUCCUUUUACCUCUCCUCGCUCGUUGAUGAACGAUCAACAAUCACAUCAUCCAUCUCUGCACAAUAAUCAAGGACAUCAUUAUGCUCAAAGAUCAGAAAAUGAUCGACCUGAACCCAUGGACUCAAUCGAUCAUCUCAUGCGAAAUCAAGCGUUGAAUUCCCCACCGAUGGACGAUAACUUGGAUAUUUCACAAACUUCAGAAAUGAUGCAGGCCGGCGAGCCUUGUAAUCCAUAUGCCGAAGAGAUCUUAUCAGUCUUAUUGGAAGGAUUAGACCCACCAUUAUCAGCUUAUCCAGGGUUUAGAUCAUUAAGUAAUUACCGAGCCAACAAAUUAGCAGAACUUCAACAUCAUUGUAAAGUACGACCUCGUAAACAAAGUCAUGGUGGUGGAAGUUUAGAAGAAGCUAAAUGGGAAAUCGAAUUAGAUGGUGAUACAUAUUUUAUUUAUGAAAAACUAGGUGAAGGAGCAUAUGGAUCAGUAUUCAAAGUGAUUGAAUCUAAUGAUGGAGAAACUACAACAGCUUAUGAGAAUGGUGUAGUAUAUAAAGCAAUGAAAGUUGAAAAUCCUCCUAAUUUAUAUGAAUUUUCAAUCUUAUCACAACUUCAUAAGAUCUUGUCACCUCGUUUAUGUACUUCUUUAAUCUUACCUCAUAAAUUAUACGCUUAUUCGGAUGAAAGCUUUUUAAUACUCGAUUACUCUGAUCAAGGAACGUUGUUGGAUAUCGUUAAUCGAGCUGGAGAGAUGGGCAUCAGUCCAACGAAUGGUGGCGCUGCUAAAGGAAUUGAUGAAUUACUUGCGAUGUUCUUUAUUAUUGAAUUAAUACGAGUCAUCGAAGGGUUACACGAAGCAGGUUUUAUUCAUGGUGAUUUGAAAAUCGAUAAUUGUUUAGUCAGAUUACAAAGUGUACCAGGAGGAAGUAAAUCAUGGUCAUCAAUCUAUAAUUCGAAUGGUCAAAACGGUUGGGAAUUUAAAGGAUUAAGAUUAAUUGAUUAUGGAAGAUCGAUCGAUACCAAUGUAUUUCCAAACCAACAAGAAUUUAUUGUAGAAUGGGAAACCGAUGAAUAUGAUUGUCCUGAAAUGAGAUUAGGUAAAUCCUGGAGUUUUCAACCUGAUUAUUAUGGAAUCCUUUCGAUUUCGUUUUGUUUAUUGUUUGGAACGUUUAUGAAUGAAAAGGAUUCCAUCAAACCACCAUUCAAAAGGUAUCAUCAAAUCGAACUAUGGUCUAAAUUGUUUAAGGUGUGUUUAAAUCCGAAUCGAUUACCUAAUCUUUUGGAUUUAAAAACUUGUAGAUUGGAGAUGGAAAAUUGGUUAAGUGAGAAUUGUGAAAGGAAUGGAAAAAGUUUGAAAAGUUUUUUGAAAAAAAUCGAACUUGCUUCACUUUCUAGAUAA